AUGUUAAGGCCAACAGAAGUAAGCAUUGAAGAGCUUGAAUCAAGGCUUCCUCCCGAACAAUUAGAAAUUUAUCGUAAAGCCUUUAGAAUGUAUGACAAGAACGGAGAUGGAGUGAUUGAAACAGCAGAAAUUAUGAUGGUGAUGAAGGAUUUGGGAGCGUCCAUGAAUGAGGCUGACCUUCAUGACUUGCUUGUUGAAAUGGGUAUUGGAGAGAACGUUGAUUUUCAUGCCUUUUUAAAGAUUAUGUUUUGUUCGAGUGAUAACGGCGAGGAAUCAUUAAGAGCUUCAUUCAAAUUAUUCGACUCCGAUGGUGAUGGAUUUAUUGGAGUGGAAGACUUGAAGGAAAUGUUGCAUAAACUCGGAGAAGACAUCAGCGACGCCCAGGUGCAGCAAGUAAUGAAUAUGGCAGACAAGGAUAAAGACGGAAAGAUUUCUGUUGAAGAUUUCAUUCGGCUUAUGAAAUAA